AUGGACAAUUGGAAGAAAAUUUCGUUUUUGGUCGGUGUGUUUGCAUUCAUAAGAGAAUUUCGACCCAUCGAACCAUUUUAUGCUGCGUACAUGACUAGUCCUUACAUUAAUUGUACUGUGGAACAGGUACCAACAGAGCUCUAUGCUGUGGGAUCAUAUUCUAUGUUUGUGUUGAUUAUUAUCAUAUUUUUGGUAACGGAUUAUGUCAGAUACAAACCUGUACUAAUCAUCGAUGGAAUUGGCGGAGUACUUCAUUAUAUGGCCAUAACAAAUCGUCCUUCAAAAUUCAGAAUACAGGUUGGACAGGCGUUCUAUGGCUUCUUUUUUUCCGCUGAAGUUGCUUUGUUUGGAUACUUAUAUGCAAUGGUGGAAGAAAAAGAAUUUUAUCAAAAAAUAACUGGUCACGCGAGAGCUGCAACAUUGACGGGAAAAUUCUUUUCAUCGUGUUUGUCCCAAAUUCUAGCCACCACUUUUGGAACUCCUCCGUUCAACGCUCUCGUUUAUAUGUCUAUUUUCGGUAUGUCAUCUACGACCAUAUGGGCGAUUUUCUUACCACCUGUUAAGAAUAGUCUUUACUUCCCCAAUAAGAAAAAAAUCGAAGAAACAUCUAUGGGACAAUCCACCGUCACCAUAUAUAACCCACAAAAGUAUAAAGAUUCUCAGCUGAGCAUUGAAGCAGCUCCCAAUCAGGAGAAAAUCGACAACCCCGAAAAUAACAGUGUCGUGGAACCAGAAGAGAGUGUGAUCAGUUCGCUGUACAAAGAUUUUAAACAAUCGUAUUCCGACCCAUACGUCCGUAAGCUCUGUUUUUGGUGGGCAGUGGCGAUGGGUGGUUACUUACAGGUGUACGCUUACAUAAAUGUGCUCUACUCGUACGUGUUGGAGGAAAACGAAGAUACGAAGUUUACGCUAUACAACGGCGCGGCGGAAUCCCUCAACACGCUCAUUGGUGCCUUUUCCGCGUUCGCUAUAAGCAAGGUAAAUUGGAAUUGGUAUUCAGUUGGCGACAUUUUCUUCGCCGUUGGAUCUAUUAUCGCAGCCAGUGUGUUAUUAUGCUGCGUUUACUGCCGAAACUUGUGGUACAUCUAUGCAUUCUACAUCAUCUACGGAAUGAUGUAUCAGACUAUGUUGACUAUUGCCGAGUCCGAGGUCGCCAAACGAUUAAAUAAAAAAUGUUAUGGAUUGAUUUUUGGAUUUAAUACUUUUAUUGCUGUGUGCAUUAAUACCAUUAUUAUAUAUGGAGUGAUUCAAGGCCAUUUUAUUAAGAUCAACAUAGCACAACAAUUUUUGAUAUACACCGUGUUGUACGCAUUACUAGCGUUAUUCUUUUUCGGUUCUUCUAUUUUGAAAAUGUUCAAAGAUGAAGGAAUCGUAGAAUACAACUGA